AUGGGCAACGACUUGGAUCAGCAUGACUCGAGCUCGAAGGAGGAUCAAGACACUCACAGCCUGCGAAGAGGGGGCAACGACUUAGAUCAGCAUGACUCGAGGUCGAAGGAUGAUCAAGACACUCACACCCUGCGAAGCGUGGGCAACGACUUAAAUCAGCAUGGCUCGAGGUCGAAGGAGGAUCAAGACACUCACAGUCUGCGAAGAGGGGGCAACAACUUGGAUCAGCAUGGCUCGAGCCCGAAGGAGCAUCAAGACACUCACCACCUGCGUAGAGUGGGCAAUGACUUGGAUCAGCAUGGCUCGAGCUCGAAGGAGGAUCAAGACACUCACAGCCUCCUGCGAAGAGUCGGCAACGACUUGGAUCAGCAUGCCUCGAGCUCGAAGGAGGAUCAAGACACUCACGUCCUGCGAAGAGUGGGCAACGACUUGGAUCAGCAUGGCUCGAGCUCGAUGGAGGAUCAAGACACUCACGUACUGCGAAGAGUCGGCAACAACUUAGAUCAGCAUGUCUCGAGCUCGAAGGAGGAUCAAGACACUCACACCCUGCGAAGAGUCGGCAACGACUUGGAUCAGCAUGGCUUGAAGGAGGAUCAAGACACUCACACCCUGCGAAGAGUGGGCAACGACUUAAAUCAGCAUGGCUCGAGGUCGAAGGAGGAUCAAGACACUUACACCCUGCGAAGAGUGGGCAACGACUAG